GUUUUUUAUUUACGCUUCUAAAAGAUGGCGGACAUGGACGAGCUGUUCGGCAGCGAUGGAGACAGCGACAACGAGCAGAGAGAUUCCGGUUCUGGCUCGGGUUCUGGGUCCGACUCGGAGCAGGAGAGGCCGCGCUCGGUCAGUAAUGUCUCUGGCAGCGGGAGUGACAGGGAUCAGGAUGACGAUGAAGAUGAUGAUGAUGAUGAUGGUCACGAUGGUGGAAAGCCAAGCAACAAGGAGCUGUUUGGAGAUGACAGUGAAGAUGAGCGAGGCAGCGACAACCAAUCAGAACACUCGGGAAAUGACAACCAAUCAGACGCUAGUGAGCACUCAGAGGCGGAGCAACACAGUGGCUCAGAGGGGCAUCAUGAGGAGGAAGAUGAUGAUGAUGCUCACAGUCACAGGUCUGAUGCAGGAAGCCCCGCCUCCAGAGCAGGGAGUCCCACUUCUGGGGCAGGGAGCCCUAUUUCUGGGGUCGGAAGCCCCAUCUCUGGAGCAGGGAGCCCCAUCUCUGGAGCAGGGACUCCCACAUCUGGAGCAGGAAGUCACCAUUCUGGAAGAGGGAGCGUCACACCAAUGUCAGACCGCUCAGACGGGGAGGGCUCGAUGAGAGACGGUCACUCGGGAGAUGAGAAGUGGGGGGGUGAGGGGAAAGGCGGCAGCCCACGAUCUGACCUAUCCGAGGACGAGGAGAAGCAGCGUAACUCGGACGAGGAGCGAGAUCACUCCGAUGAUGAGGGGAGGGAACAUAAGUCUGGUGGGUGGAGCCAAGAUUUCAUGUUUGUAAACUCUUCGGCUAAAGGCAGUGACAGUGAGGACGACUUUGUGGGACGGAAAAAGAAGAAAGUAGCGUCUGAUUCUGACUCGGACAGUGAUGUGGGGACACAAAGGGGUAAGAAAAGUGCAGCAGACGAUCUGUUCGGUGAAGCAGAUGACAUCUCAUCAGACAGCGAGAAUGAGAAACCACCCACACCUGGGCAACCACUGGAUAACGAGGAGGGUAUGGACGGAGAGCAGCAGGAGGAGGAGCCGCUUCCGGAGACCCGGAUAGAGGUGGAGAUCCCUAAAGUCAGUACGGAUUUGGGAAGCGACCUUUAUUUCGUCAAACUGCCCAACUUCCUCAGUGUGGAGCCGAGGCCGUUUGAUCCUCAGUAUUAUGAGGAUGAGUUUGAGGAUGAGGAGAUGUUGGAUGAAGAAGGCAGGACCAGGCUGAAGCUGAAGGUGGAGAACACUAUCAGGUGGCGCAGUCGCCGUGACGACGAGGGCAACGACAUCCGUGAAAGUAACGCACGUAUCGUUAAAUGGUCUGAUGGCAGCAUGUCCCUGCACCUGGGUAAUGAGGUGUUUGAUGUGUAUAAAGCUCCUCUACAAGGAGACCACAAUCACCUGUUCAUCAGGCAGGGGACGGGACUGCAGGGCCAGGCUGUGUUCAAAACCAAACUCACCUUCAGACCCCACUCGACAGACAGCGCCACCCACAGGAAGAUGACUCUCUCUCUGGCUGAUCGAUGCUCCAAAACACAGAAGAUCAGAAUUUUACCGAUGGCUGGCCGAGAUCCGGAGUCACAGAGGAAUGAGAUGAUAAAGAAAGAGGAGGAGCGUCUGCGGGCGUCGAUCCGGCGCGAGUCCCAGCAGAGAAGGAUGAGAGAGAAGCAGCACCAGCGAGGUCUGAGUGCCGGGUACCUGGAGCCUGAUCGUUAUGACGAUGAGGAGGAGGGGGAUGAAGCCAUCAGCCUCGCUGCAAUAAAGAGCAAAUACAAAGGAGGAGGACUGCGAGAGGAGAGAGCGAGGAUCUACUCGUCCGACAGUGAUGAAGGUUCUGAUGAGGAUAAAGCACAGCGCCUCAUGAAGGCCAAGAAACUCGACAGUGAUGAGGAAGGAGAGAACUCGGGGAAGAGGAAGGCAGAGGACGAUGACGAGUCGUCCACCAAGAAAGCCAAGAAAUAUGUCAUCAGUGAUGAAGAGGAGGAAGAGGAGGAAGACUAGUCCACUUAUUCUCUUUUCGUUUAUCAGUUCUGUUUUCUUUCUAUCGUUCUGUGGUGUGUGUUGAAGUCUGAGAGGGUGUGUAUAUUUUCGAGAGCUGCUUCAGUGGGAAAUAAAGAAACCAUUGACCUUGUUA